AUGACGGAAAACGAUGAUGGCACCAAAAUACGACGACCCAAGCGAAAUGAAGCACACGAAGAGCACCGAAGAACGACACUACCAAACAGGACGACACCGAAAAACGACGACAUCGAAGAACUACGAAAUGGAAAGAAGAUCAGUGAUCCGGGUAUUAGUGUAGAUCACUGA